AUGGAGGCUCUAUGGACCCUCACUCUGGCCUUGGCCGCAGGCCUGGCUGCUGCCAGCCCACCUAACAUCCUGCUGAUCUUUGCUGAUGACCUAGGCUACGGGGACCUGGGCUCCUAUGGGCACCCCAGUUCCACCACCCCCAAUCUGGACCAGUUGGCCGCAGGGGGUCUUCGGUUCACCGACUUCUAUGUGCCUGUGUCUCUGUGCACACCCUCGCGGGCUGCCCUCCUGACGGGCCGACUCCCAGUUCGAAUGGGCUUGUACCCUGGAGUUCUGGAGCCCAGCUCUCGAGGGGGCCUGCCCCUGGAGGAGGUGACCUUGGCUGAGGUCUUGGCUGCCCAAGGCUACCUCACAGGGAUAGCUGGCAAGUGGCACCUUGGGGUGGGGCCUGAGGGGGCCUUUCUGCCCCCCCACCACGGCUUCCAUCGAUUCCUGGGCAUCCCGUACUCCCAUGACCAGGGCCCUUGCCAGAACCUGACCUGUUUCCCGCCGGCCACCCCCUGCGAUGGCACCUGUGACCAGGGCCUGGUCCCUGUCCCACUGUUGGCCAACCUGUCGGUGGAGGCACAGCCCCCUUGGCUGCCUGGACUCGAGGCCCGCUACGUGGCUUUUGCCCGUGACCUCAUGACUGAUGCCCAACGCCAAGGCCGCCCAUUCUUCCUGUACUACGCCUCCCAUCACACCCACUACCCCCAGUUCAGUGGGCAGAGCUUUCCAGGGCACUCAGGCCGAGGGCCAUUUGGGGACUCCCUGAUGGAGCUGGAUGCAGCUGUGGGAGCCCUGAUGACAGCUGUGGGGGACCUGGGGCUGCUCGGAGAGACGCUCGUCUUCUUCACUGCGGACAACGGACCUGAGACGAUGCGGAUGUCCCGCGGUGGCUGCUCUGGCCUCCUGCGAUGCGGAAAGGGAACCACUUUUGAAGGGGGCGUCCGAGAGCCUGCCUUGGCCUUCUGGCCAGGCCACAUCGCUCCCGGUGUGACUCAUGAGCUGGCCAGCUCCCUGGACCUGCUUCCCACCCUGGCCGCCCUGGCGGGGGCCCCGCUACCCAACAUCACCUUGGACGGCGUUGACCUCAGCCCCCUGCUGUUGGGCACCGGCAAGAGCCCCCGGCACACCCUCUUCUUCUACUCGGCCUACCCGGAUGAGGUCCGAGGGGUCUAUGCUGUGCGGAGCGGGAAGUACAAGGCACACUUCUUUACCCAGGGCUCUGUCCACAGCGACACCACUGCGGACCCUGCCUGCCACGCCUCUAGUCCUCUGACUGCCCAUGAGCCCCCGCUGCUCUUUGACCUGUCUGAGGACCCUGGUGAGAACUACAACCUUCUGGGGGGUGUGGAUGAGGUCGCUCCAGAGGCGCUGCAGGCACUGAAGCAACUUCAGCUGCUCAAGGCCCAAUUUGAUGCUGCCAUGACCUUCGGGCCCAGCCAGAUGGCCCGGGGCGAGGACCCCGCCCUGCAGGUCUGCUGUCAGCCCAGCUGCACCCCCCGGCCGUCCUGCUGCCACUGCCCUGAGUUCCAGCCCUGA